AUGCUCUUGAUGACCCCGUUGGACGUCGUCAAGACACGGCUACAGACGCAAGAGAUAUCCGGUGUGAGACAUUUGGAAGGGACUUUGGAUGGCUUGUAUAAGAUUGCACGGCAUGAAGGAACAACGGCCUUGUUUCGAGGAUUGUCGGCAGGAUUGUUGAUCUCAGUACCAGCUACAGUGAACUAUUAUGCGGGAUACGAUUAUAUCAGGGACAAGAUUAAGCAUUCCCGUUUUCGUGGAACAGCGCUCGAUGAAUAUUCUCCACUUUGGGCAGGUGCUACGGCAAGAGCAUUUGCAGCUUCUAUUGUUUCUCCUCUCGAGCUAUUCAAGACACGUAUCCAAGCUGCGGAUAAGGAAGGGAUUGCAGCUAUUUGGCGAGGCAUUAUGCACAUGGUGCGUCAACAGGGACCAUCUACUUUAUGGCGAGGCAUCGUGCCAACACUUUUAAGAGAUGUGCCCUUUUCGGGUGUAUAUUGGAUGGCUUAUGAUCGAGCAAGGAAGCGGUUGACCCAAGGAACACAAUUGGAUGGUCUCGCCAAUUUCCAAACAGCUUUCCUUGCAGGGGCAUCUUCUGGCAUGCUUGCUGCAUUAGUCACACACCCCUUUGACGUUAUCAAGACACAAAGACAAGUUAGCACGGACCAUAAUGCACGUGCCACAGUGCUGGUGCGCCAAAUUAUCUAUACCGAAGGAUAUACCGGAUUUUUCAAAGGUCUUGUGCCUCGAUUAUUUAGGGUUGCUCCUUCUUGUGCCAUCAUGAUCUCAAGUUAUGAAGUUGGCAAACACUUUUUCGCACAUCGACGAAACAACAACAGCACGACGACGAUACCAUUAUCAUCCUCUUCUUCAUAG